AUGACAUUUUGUGAUUCUGAAGAUGAGUUUGAGGCUACAUGGAAAGUGAUGAUUGAUCAGCACAACCUUGGUGAUGACCGAUGGUUCAAGGUGAUGUAUAAACUGAGAAAGGGAUGGGCUACAGCGUUUAGUAAUGACAAAUUUUGUGCAGGUCUUCUAGCCACUUCAAGAAGUGAGGUUACAAAUCGAGUUUUGAAAGACAUGGGCAAUAAGGCUCUUACUUUGCAUCAGUUUGUUUUGAACUAUGAAAAAGUUCAAGAUAAAUGGAGGUCGGUUGAGAAAGAUGAUGAUGCCCAUUGUAGCCAUGGGAGGCCGGGUCAAAUUGUUAAAAAUAAUCCCUUGUUGCCGCAUGCGGCUGAAGUAUAUACUUUCUCCAUCUAUAAGUUGUUCGAGCGGGAAUUUGUGGAGUCUUUGAAUGUUGUCCUUAUUGAUCAGAAUGAUUUUGGUAAUGGUUGGCUUGGAUUUAAGAUGCGGUCACAUAACGACAACUCAAAGGUUAGGCAAGUGUUCUUUAAGAAGUAUGAUAUUGAAGUGAAGUGUUCGUGUCAUUUGUUUGAAACAAUGGGAAUACUAUGUAGACAUGCACUAAAAGUUUUCAUUUCUAUGAAUAUCAUUUCGUUGCCCGAGCCAUAUAUAAUGAGUCGGUGGUCGAGAAAAGCCGAACAAAGGGUUUGUAGUGAAUUUGAAAGAACAUGUACUCCUCAUGGAACUAGUGAUGUUUCUCAAUUGACAUUUGUCAAUCAUGCAAUGAGGAGUUCAUAUGAUUUGGUGCAUUUGAGCAAAUCUCACAAGGAGACAAGAAGUAGGUUAAAUGAAAUUCUUGAAAAGGCAAGUGAAGAAAUAACUUGUCUUUUGAAGAAUUUGGACAUGGAUGAUUCAUGUGAUGAAUUGGUUGAUGAGAAUAGUGUCCGUGUCCGCAAUCCACCUUCGGCCAAGACAAGGGGAGUUACAAAUGCUCAAAUAACACGUCAUUGGGACAAGAGCAAGAAAACAAAAAGGGGCAAAGAAAAGGUGGGAAAUUCAAGCAAGUCAAGGAAGAAGACUCAAAUGGGAGGAAAUACAAACAUCAAUUUAGGUGGCCCGACUCAAUCUUCUCAAAAUGAUGUCAACCCGGAAGAAGCAAAUAAUGUUCCAUAUUAUCCAUCUCAAUCUUCAAUGUUUUGGCCUAACAUAAAUCAAUGGGGAGGAAAUACAAACAUCAAUUUAGGUGGCCCGGCUCAAUCUUCUCAAAAUGAUGACAACACGGAAGAGGGAGGAAAUACAAACAUCAAUUUAGGUGCCCCAUUCAAUCUAUUUGGUUAUCAACUUGACCCAUUUUCAUCACAGAGACCCUCCAAUAAUUGA